AUGUCUACGCCGCCUCUGCUGGAUCAACAGCCACCGCCUAUGGCGAUGAUGCAGCAAGCCUACACGGCCCGUUCGGGUCACGGAUCGGUUGGGCCUGUUAUUGCUGUGCUGGCGGUGAUAACUAUUCUCGGAGUGAUAGCGGGCAUGAUUGGGAGGCUGUGUUCGGGUCGUCGGGUUAUGGGUCGUCGAGAAUAUGAUUUUGAAGGAUGGGUUGAAAGGAAAUGCUCUUCUUGUCUUGACGGUAACAUCGACCCGCAUCCGACACGACCCGAAAUCCCAGUGGCGGAGCCGGUAAUUCAAGCGGCACCACCUCAAGAGAUAAAGGCAGAAGAACAAGAACAGAAGUCUCACGGCGCACAACCAAGUAAUGAAUCUUGA